GAUUAGAAAAACUUCAAAUCAUAGGACAAGAUGGGUGUUGUUCCAACUGUGCUAGUUUUACCAUGCCCUGCUCAAGGACAUGUCAACCCACUGAUGAUCUUGUCUCAAAAAUUGGUUGAAAAGGGUUGCAAUAUCAUCUUUGUCACCCCUGAAUUCAUCCACAACAAAGUGGUUAGUUCCAUGGGGAAUCAAGCCGGCGGCGAUAACGGACGAUCGCCGAUAAAGUUGGUGUCAAUCCCGGAUGGGUUAGGACCUGAUGCAGACAGAAAUAAUAUCAUCUUACUAUUUGAUUCUAUAUUGAAGAACAUGCCUGCUAUGCUUGAGAGGCUAAUUGAAGAUCUUAGAUUGAAAGAUGGUGUGAGAGUAAGCUGCAUAGUUGCUGAUUUUCUUAUGGCAUGGGCGUUGGAAAUUGCAAGAAAGAUUGGAAUCAGAGGAGUUCUGUUUUAUCCAUCAGCAGCAGCUAUGUUAGCCUUGCAGUGCAGCAUACCAAAGCUUAUUGAGGAUGGAAUCAUAGACUCUGAUGGGUUGCCAACCACAAAAAAAAGGUUUCAGUUAUCACCAAGCAUUCCUCCCAUGGACACAGAAAUCAUAUGGUGGGCAAAAAUAUCUGACUCUAUAACUGAGAAGAUGGUAUUCAACAUUAGUCUUCAAUCCAUGAAAACUCUAGAAUCCACAGAGUGGUGCCUUUGUAACUCCACACCCGAUCUUGAACCUGGAGCAUUAUCAUUCGUACCAAAGCUAUUACCAAUUGGUCCAUUAUUAAGAACCUAUGACCAUGAUCAAGGUGUAACUGAAAGAUCAUUGGGACAAUUCUGGGAAGAAGAUUUUUCUUGUUUAAAUUGGCUUGAUCAACAACCUCAUGGUUCUGUUAUAUAUGUUGCAUUCGGAAGUACCACUCUUUUUGAUGAAAAACAAUUCAAAGAACUCGCUCUCGGACUUGAACUUACCAAUAGACCCUUUCUUUGGGUGGUGCGAAAAGAUUCAGAUUGUAGCAAUAAAGUGUGUUUUCCUAACGAAUUCAAGGGGAAUCAAGGUAAGAUAAUUGAAUGGGCUCCUCAAGAAAAGGUGCUAUCCCACCCUGCCAUUGCUUGCUUUAUAAGUCACUGCGGUUGGAAUUCGACUUUGGAGGGUUUGUCUAAUGGAGUGCCUUUUUUGUGUUGGCCAUAUUAUGCUGAUCAAUUCUUUGACAAAAAAUAUAUUUGUGAUGAGUGGAAGGUUGGAUUGGGAUUUGAUUUGGAUGAAAAUGGGAUGAUCUCACGUGAAGAGAUAAAAGUCAAAGUUGAUAAAUUGCUUAGUGAUGAGAACAUAAGAGUUAAGGCUCGUGAGAUAAAGAAGAAGCUAAUGAAGGACGUUGAUCUUGGUGGAAGGUCUUCAGAGAACUUAAACAAGUUCAUCAACUGGUUGAAGGAAUAAGGAUUUGCUUUUUCUGAACAUGUUUUAAUUCUAAACUUUAGUCGUUUGUUAUUGCAUGCUUUAGCUCUGAUUAUUGUUCCUAAUGUCAAAAUGAAUAAAAAGAAAUAAAAAAGGAAAGUGAUUUAUUGUUUAUGAAUU